UCUUCCUUCUGCAACAGGCGAGCCCCGCAGUGUAUAAUACGACCUCCUCGCCUCCGUCACCGUGGCGUCGUCGAACCUUCGCCAGCGCAGUAACACUCUGCAACAAGAGUCUACUGUACCGCCGGCCACGCUGGAGGAGCCGAAGGAGUGGCAUUCAGAGAGCAGCCGCUCUUCUGAUGCCGGAGAGUUUGACGGACACUCGUAUUUGCUUCCCAAAACUAUGCGAUCCGUCCCGCGGUUAACAACGUGGAAUCCUUUGCGAAUCUUCUCCAAGCACAGCUUUGCAUACCAACAAAUACCCUCACUUUCUGCCGACAGCAUCAAUAUUGCCGCACUCGACUGGCCACAAGGCGGGAUUCCGUGGCGAGAUGGAGCACGAAGAAGAUGGGGCAUUGGGCGGAUAUCGCUUACGAGAUCCGUGUACCUUGCUUUAGCAGCGCUGUUCAUGCUCGCGCUGCUGGGAGGCGGGGGCUACCACCAACAUAGGAAAUGGUCACUGAAAAACGAGAACAACGAUGUGCCAUUUGAGUGGAUGCACUACGCGCGCCUCAAUGGCUUCUACAACGGGAUACGAACGCUGGUGCCCUAUUCUCAAUGGCAACCCGAGAACGCCUACAACAAAAGUGCGCCCAAUACCUACGUCAGUCCAGAAGAACUGGGCCGCCAGCGACUAUCACCCGAACCGCCCAUCGACCCCGUCAAGUUCGACCCCUACAAAAAUAUCCAAGGUAUCCAGACCUGCUAUGUUGACGAGGAGGAGACAAUCGAGGUUCCCGAUGUGUACGCGUACCCAGGAGUUCCACAGCACAUGGCCGAGCCAUUCUACGGCGACUACGAUACCCUCGGUCUCAACGAUGGAGUGUGUUUCGAGCGAUUUGGAAGAUACGGCCCUUACGGGUACGGGUACAAUGAAACCAUGGGCGGCAUGGGCCCCGGUGCCAGUGCAGAAAGUGCUGGAAGUGAGAAGGUCUUCGAGCAGAUGGGCUACGUGAACUAUGACAACGUGGACUGGGGGAGUGCACAAGAGCGUUGCUACGAGAAGAACAAGGCCCGCUUCAAGGACGACCCGAUCAGCGGACGAAAGAAGAAGAGUCGGCAAGCGUAUGUUCUACGCACAUGGACUGGAUACGAGUACCAACCUCAUCAAAUUAUCGCUAUGCGAGCAAUGAUCUCUGAACUGAACUUGAAAUCAGGUGGAGAGUACGACGUACAUUUGCUGGUGCAUGUCAAGGAUGACAGCAUUCCAAUUUGGGCGGACGAGCGGGUCUAUCAGCAAAUCGUGGAACAAAACGUGCCGCAAGAAUUUUGGGGCAUUGCAACUCUGUGGUCGGAGAAGCAGAUGGAGAUGUACUACCCUGAGCCCUUCCCGGACAACUUCGCGAACAUGGCCGGGAGCAGCAUUCACGGCGUGUACAGAAGUGCCCAUUUCGCGCUGCAAUGGUUCAGCCAGCAACACCCCGAAUACGACUUCUUCUGGAACUGGGAGAUGGAUAUUCGAUAUACCGGCCACUACUAUCAAUUCAAUGAGAAGAUCACCGAAUGGGCACGGAAGCAGCCUCGCAAGGGAAUGUGGGAGCGAAGCUCACGUUUCUACAUCCCGAAGUACCAUGGAACUUGGGACAAUUUCACGAAAUUUGUGGAAAAUGAGGUCGAGUACGUUGACAAGCCGAAGAACAACCCGACUGACAGUGGUCCCAUCCCAGUCUGGGGCCCCGUACGCGAUUUUCCGAAUGGCGGCAUGCUGGAUCCACCUGAGGGCGUGACACCUCUGAUAAGUUAUGAGAUGGACAACUACGAUUGGGGAACUGACGAGGAGGCCGACAUCAUUACAUUUAACCCAAUCUUCGAUCCGAGCCAGACGAAUUGGGUGUUCAGUUGGGAUAUUACCGGCUACCGACGAGACCUGCCACCUCCACCACGAAGAUGCGCCAUUGUGACAGUAGCACGACUAUCGAAACGAUUGCUGGAUAUUGCUCACCACGAAACAUGGAGAUUCCGACACACAAUGUUCCCAGAAAUGUGGCCGCCAUCUGUGGCGUUACAUCACGGAUUGAAAGCAGUCUACGCCCCGCAUCCCGUAUAUUUCGACCGAGAUUGGGAUUUGGAGUACAUGAACCAAGUAUUCAACUACCCCAAGAAUCUCUGGGACUCGCCCUUCGGCUGGGGUGAGCACAACAUGCUCGGAAGCAGUUUCUACUACAACUCGGGUUUCUCCGGUGCUCUCUGGCGAAGAUGGCUAGGGCAGUACGAAAACGGAGAAGGCGGGAAACGACAAGAAGAGGAAGGUACGGGGAGAAUGUGUUUGCGAGGUGUACUACAUCACCCGAUCAAGCACGAGAACUCUCCGCCUGGAUCAUGACGACACUGAUGAAAGUGUUACAUUUGCGUUGCGAAGUCCCUUUUUAGUGUGCAUAUUCUUUGUACCGACUGCAUAUGGAGCGACCUACAAGUCCUCCGUCCAACAUCCUGCGGCGUUUCUGUUUCUGUACAGCAUCGCGACCGGCGCACAGCAACUUCGAACUUUUGGGUCUUACUGGCAUCCU